AUGCAAGUGAUGACAAACGAAAAAACGAUAAUAAUGGACUUUUUGGAAAAGCCAGAGCACAAAGUGCUGUUAGUGACACUGACUAGUGCAGGUACGCUGCUCCCAAGCCUUACGUUCCCUACUUCGGGCAAAACUAAGUCAUCUUACUUUGCUCGGGUGAAGCCAGAACCAAUCACAGCAGAGAACAUUCGCAAGGCCCUCAUCUUCGGAGAUAUUUCACCUCGACCCGUUGACGACCUCGCUGUCUUGGUAGAGGAGGUGUUUGUUCCGAUAUUCUGCAAUCCGGCCAAUCACAAAGGUUGGCCGGCCGUUGUGGUGGAAGAUGUCAAGAAACACGUGAUUGAGUUGAAGAAUACCGUGUACAAAGUUCGAGGACAAAUCCACGGACAGACGUUGCUACCGAUGCCGGACGGGGUGUCGAGAGUACACGAGGCUAGACAACGAAUAGUGGAGAGCAAUGGUGAAGAUGUCGAUUUGCAGCUGAAGAGCGCAAUAGAAGGAGCUGUGAUCAAGUGGGUGACCCAAAUAACUCAAGUUUUGCGAGAAACUCCUGCCGAUGCGCUCAAAUCCAGCGAGAAUCCGCUUCCAUUUACUGAAAUUGACUUUUGGCGGUCUCGGGUUGCCAAUUUGGAAUGCAUUUACGAUCAGCUGAUUGACCCAAGGGUGAAAAAGAUGGCUUCAAUUCUAGAGAUUACAGACAGCGCUUAUUUUCCUAGCUUCAGGGACAUAUUUCGCAAUGUUGUUUCAAGUCUGAAAGAAGCGAAGGAAAUAAACAAGUAUUUAAAACCUCUAGAGAAAUAUCUGGCAAAGCUAGAAGCUUGUGAUUUCAAAGAAGUGAUAAAAUAUCUGGCUCCACUUCUGCACAUUGUAUGCUUGAUCUGGGCCAACUGCAAAUAG